GCGGCGCGGGCGGCCGGAGCUCGGGGGAGCGGGCGCGAUCGAGAGGAGGACUCGUCCGAGGGGCUGGGGGGAGGAGGCUGCCAGGGGGAAACCGCGGGAAGGGAAGUGAGUUUGUGCGAGCGGGAGUGUGCGUGUGCGCGCGGCGCGUGUGCAGGGGCGGGCGCGGCGGCGGGGGGCGGGCUCGCGGGCUCCCCUCCUCCCCAGCCCGCUCCUCUCUCGCUCGCCAACUCCGGGCCCCAGCCGCUGGCGGGCGCGCGGCGGGCGGGCAGCAUGCUGAGCCUCCUCGUCUGGAUCCUCACUCUCUCCGAUACUUUCUCCCAAGGGACCCAGACCCGCUUCAGCCAGGAGCCAGCCGACCAGACCGUGGUGGCCGGACAGCGGGCUGUGCUGCCCUGCGUGCUGCUCAACUACUCUGGGAUCGUGCAAUGGACCAAGGACGGACUGGCUCUGGGCAUGGGCCAGGGCCUCAAAGCCUGGCCGCGGUACCGGGUCGUGGGCUCUGCCGACUCCGGGCAGUACAACCUGGAGAUCACAGACGCCGAGCUGUCUGACGACGCUGCUUACGAGUGCCAGGCCACGGAGGCCGCCCUGCGCUCCCGGCGGGCCAAACUCACCGUGCUCAUCCCGCCGGAGGACACCCGGAUUGACGGAGGCCCUGUGAUUCUGCUGCAGGCAGGCACCCCCCACAACCUCACGUGCCGCGCCUUCAACGCCAAGCCUGCCGCAACCAUCAUCUGGUUCCGGGACGGGACGCAGCAGGAGGGCGCCGUGGCCAGCACGGAGCUGCUGAAGGAUGGGAAGAGGGAGACCACCGUCAGCCAGCUGCUCAUUAACCCCACAGACCUGGACAUCGGGCGCGUCUUCACCUGCCGCAGCGUGAAUGAGGCCAUCCCAAGUGGCAGGGAGACGUCUGUGGAGCUCGACGUGCACCAUCCUCCUACAGUGACCUUGUCCAUCGAGCCCCAGACAGUGCAGGAGGGCGAGCGUGUCAUCUUCACGUGCCAGGCCACUGCCAACCCUGAGAUCCUGGGCUACAGGUGGGCCAAGGGGGGCUUCCUGAUCGAGGACGCCCACGAGAGUCGCUACGAGACGAAUGUCGAUUAUUCCUUCUUCACGGAGCCCGUGUCUUGUGAGGUCCACAACAAAGUGGGAAGCACCAACGUCAGCACCUUGGUGAACGUCCACUUUGCUCCCCGGAUCGUAGUGGACCCCAAGCCUACAACCACAGACAUCGGCUCUGACGUGACCCUCACCUGUGUGUGGGUUGGGAAUCCCCCGCUCACCCUCACCUGGACCAAGAAGGACUCCAACAUGGGGCCCAGGCCUCCUGGCUCCCCACCCGAGGCUGCUCUCUCUGCCCAGGUCCUGAGUAACAGCAACCAGCUGCUGCUGAAGUCCGUGACCCAGGCGGACGCUGGCACCUACACCUGCCGGGCCAUCGUGCCUCGGAUCGGCGUGGCUGAGCGAGAGGUGCCACUUUACGUGAAUGGGCCCCCCAUCAUCUCCAGCGAGGCGGUGCAGUACGCUGUUAGGGGUGACGGCGGCAAGGUGGAGUGUUUCAUCGGGAGCACCCCACCCCCGGACCGCAUCGCCUGGGCAUGGAAGGAGAACUUCCUGGAGGUGGGGACCCUGGAGCGCUACACGGUGGAGAGGACCAACUCAGGCAGCGGCGUGCUGUCCACACUCACCAUCAACAACGUCAUGGAGGCCGACUUCCAGACGCACUACAACUGCACGGCCUGGAACAGCUUCGGGCCUGGCACGGCCAUCAUCCAGCUAGAGGAGCGAGAGGUGCUGCCUGUAGGCAUCAUCGCUGGGGCCACCAUCGGCGCGGGCAUCCUGCUCAUCUUCUUCUUCAUCGCCUUGGUGUUCUUCCUCUACCGGCGCCGCAAAGGCAGUCGCAAGGACGUGACCUUGAGGAAGCUGGACAUCAAGGUAGAGACGGUGAACCGAGAGCCACUCACGAUGCAUUCUGAUCGGGAGGACGACACGGCCAGCGUCUCCACAGCCACCCGGGUCAUGAAGGCCAUCUACUCGUCCUUUAAGGAUGAUGUGGACCUGAAGCAGGACCUGCGCUGUGACACCAUCGACACCCGGGAGGAGUAUGAGAUGAAGGACCCCACCAAUGGCUACUACAACGUGCGUGCCCACGAGGACCGCCCAUCUUCCAGGGCGGUGCUCUAUGCUGACUACCGUGCCCCUGGCCCUGCCCGCUUCGAUGGCCGCCCCUCGUCCCGUCUCUCCCACUCCAGCGGCUAUGCCCAGCUCAACACCUACAGCCGGGCCCCUGCCUCUGACUACGGCCCUGAGCCCACCGCUGCUGGCCCUGCUGCCCCAGCGGGCACCGACACAGCCAGCCAGCUGUCCUUUGAGAACUAUGAGAAGUUCAACUCCCACCCCUUCCCUGGGGCAGCCGGGUACCCCACCUACCGGCUGGGCUAUCCCCAGGCCCCCACCUCCGGCUUGGAGCGGACCCCGUAUGAGGCGUACGACCCCAUUGGCAAGUACGCCACGGCCACUCGGUUCUCCUACACCUCCCAGCACUCGGACUACGGGCAGCGAUUCCAGCAGCGCAUGCAGACUCACGUGUAGGGGCCCGAGCCCGGCUGGGGCGUCUCUGCGGGGCAGAGGAGGCUUCACAGCUGUUCCCUGAUAUUCAGGGGCAUUGCUCGUUGCUCCCUGCUCGGACCAGCCUUCCUCCUCCCGCGUGGCAGGUGGGGAGCAGGUCUCCCAGAAACACCACGUCCCGAGGAUGGUGCUCCGUGCAUGCCCCAGCCUCCUGGGCCUGCCCUUCCCUUUUCCUCGGGAGGAUGUAUCUCUUCUGAACUGUGCUCUUGCCUGACGCCAGCAUGGGGACAGGGAAGGAGAAGGUUGGGGAGAGCAGAGGGGGCACUUUUUAGCAUUCCUUUUCCGUCCCACCCCUCUGGUCGUCUGUGAGUGGGAAAGGGGGGUCAGGCUUCGGCGGGGAAGACAUGAAGUAUGGGGAGUGGGUGGCUUGGGCACAGACAGGUGGAACGUACGAUGCCCCGGCCAGUCCUGUUUGCAUUCAUGCCCAGAGUGCAUCUUGCCCUCUUUAGGAGACUGCAGAAGGGACCUUGGAUUUACUUAGCUCUUGUCUGCAGAACAGCCCUGGUACUGAGUUCAAGUCUAGCCCUCAUGCAGCUGAGGCCAAAGUGCAGAAUAACCUGGCUGCCCACUGUGGAUCCAGGAGCCCCCAGUCACACUGCCCCCUUUCCUUCCCGCGCUGUGCUGGGGACAACCAGACCCGUCUGCAUCUUCAUGAAGAGAGAAAGGUCAGGAUCAGGACCUGAUUGGCCAGCCAGGGACGGCUGUGGCUUGCACGGCGGUUUGUGGCACCAACCCUAGGGGAGCCCUCUUCUCUGCCCCACUUCCUGGCUUUAACUCUUGAGCUUGUGUGGGGUGGCGUGCUGUGCUAUAGGGUAUUUUGCAAAGACAACCUCAUUUGGAAAACUGAACGAUGAAAACCUCAUUUGGGAAAAAAAAAAAAAAACCUGUAGGGAUUUCCCCACCCAAAAUACAAGUCCCAGUGGAAAGGAAAGGGGGGCACCUGUUCUCCACCAGGCUCCUAAUUCCCUCCAUUGCUCUUUCCGUCUCCAAGCACUUUGAUUCCAUUUUUAUACAUUCAGGUGGAGGCUCGGGUGAGGGAGGGGCCCUGGGUCUCCGGCUCUGCCGCCCUCCCUGAGACCCCACCAGCUGGUCAGAGACCACCCUCCAGGGGACAUUGGAGAUGUUCUCUUGAGACAGGUUUUGGUUUAAUGUCUUUGUGUUUUAUGUUGUCUUCUUGGACCAAUCAGAUUCCUUCUUCCACUGUCAGUGCCUUGAGUGUCCAGCUUUGGCUGACCGGCCCUGUGUGGGCAGGUGUGCGGGGAGCAGGGACGUUAAUAGGGUUAGGGGAGAGACUCACGGUGCGGGGGCCUGGAGAGGAAGUGGGCCGGGAAAUGGCCCUGCUGCGGGGGGACCUCGUGCUGACGGGGAGAAGGCGCUGCGGAAGGGCAAGCAGGCGCCCUACAGUCCGUGCCCUCUGCACAUGCGCGCCCGCACACAUUCCACCCGACCAAAGAGAACGCGGGCUUCUGAAAGAACCUGGCCUGCUGCCCCUGCCUCGCUUCCCAGGAAGCAGCGCCUGGAGUCUCUUCGCCUCCCCGGCUGUGCAGCCCGCCAGCCCAGUGGGAGGAGGGGGGCGCCUGCGGUGCAAUUCCCAGAAUGCUCCUUGCCCUUUCUCGGUGGUCACCAUUCAUUAGUCAUGUUCACUUUAAUGAGUUACAUGCUCAUCAGCCACGGGCCAUCACCAUCCUUACGGAUGGGCCUGUGGGGUGACAUUCUCAGCCAUCCUCUUGCGGGUGAUCCGCGGAUAAUGCCCAGGGAGCAAGCAGCUCCGCCUCCAGCCUCGGGGGCAGCCCUGUGGAAGCGGCCCUACUGGGGGCAUUUCAGGCUGUUCCCAGCUGCCUUCCACCCCUGAUAGCCCAGACUUCCUGCAGAGUCCUUCAUGAGCUUGCCCUGGGAAGGUCUGCUAAGAGAGCAGGUCCCUGUGCAGACAAAUUCAUACAAAUUUUGAUUGUUUGCGCAGAAACCGGAAGCCAUGGGUAAUCCCGGUACAGCCUAAAGGUGGUAACUUUUUAAACAGGAAUAUUCCAAAACACACUCGUUUGUAUUUUGGGUUUGGCCAGAUUCUCUUACUUCUCUCUUUUUGGUUAAGUAUCAGGUCCUUUCUGUCGAGCGGAUGGAAGGGACGGACCCAGGGUCAGAAGGUAACUCAGCUAAUGCGGAGACUUGCGGAGAAAGGAAGCUCCUUAGCUGAUUAGCUGGGACCUCUUGGGUGUCACAAGCGCCAGGCAGGGGACAGGGAGGCAUCUGCAGCCCAGACAGUCUGUGCUGUCUGCAGCUUGCACUCUGGUAUGUUUGGAAUCUGGAUCGGGACCCGAGGCCAGGCCAUACGGAACAGCUUUCUUUCCCAGGGCACAGAAGGUGGCUUGGCUGCAGAGCUGUGUUUAAGGCUGGAGCCCCACAGGCUGGUUGUGGCUAUCUGUCCUUGAUGAUCCUGGUCAUCUUGACUUUUCUUGUUUCAGUAGGAAGAGCAAGGGCCUGGAGGUCAGGAGACCCGGAACCCAGUUCUGAAGCUGCCAUUUGCUGAGUGGCUUGACUUAACCGUACGCUCACUGCCCCCCGGAUCUGUGGCCUGGGAAGGGUUUCACAGACCCAGAGCUCUCCUGCUUUGGCUGUGUUAUUUUGCUGAGGCUGGGGUGGGGAGCUGGGUAACUGUUGAAAUAAUCUGGGCUUCACUAUUCUGUCAGAAGUGUUGUGAGUGAAUUUCCAUCAGGAACCCUUUUAUCCCAGACAGCAACAAAUGCACACCCAAGACCUCAGAAUGGAACUGAUGCGGGGUCAUCCUUUGGCCAUCGGGUUAUCUGUGCUGCUCCUGCUCAGGUCAGGCAGGUUUGCAAAGGGGUCCAUGGCGCAGGCCCAGGCAGGGCUGGGUGAGUCUCACCGAGUGCUGAGGUUUUAGGCAGCCGCUUCUGUGUGUGGGAAAUAGAAGCAGCUGUCCCUUACCCGGGUCUCCAGGGCCACCGUCCUCAUUAUUGCACCAUGAAGCCUGCAGUCCAGGGUGACUGAACCAGAGGACCGGGAGAGAGCACAGCCGAUCCUUCCAUGAAGGGACAGGUUAGAAGUGGAGCUGGGGGCUGGGCUCCCGGUCCCCGAAUCCAUAGAUUUCACCCACGUAUGUGGCAAUGUUGGGCCCUCUGGGUUUCAAAGACCCACGUUAAAGCCCAGUGGAGUGAACUGACUGACACACUGCCUCAUUCUCCUGUCCCCACAGCUGGGCUCCAGGGCCACCCUGGCUUCUCUGGUCCUGGUGCAGGUGACCUGAGCCACAUCACUGCUCUGUGUUCCCCGUAUGAGAUAGUCGCUGGAAGGAACAGGGAAGCCCUGAGCCCUGCCAAGCCCUGGCAAGGAGGAAAAUGGGAACACAAGUGCACAGACCAAGGGAUGUCACUGGCAAAGCAUUUAUUUUUGUGAAGAGGCUUUAAAAUUAGCAUUUAAAUAUCCCAUUCCCUUCUGCCUCCCUUAAUCCCCACUUCCGUAUUUCUCCCUGUCUCCUGCAGGCCAGACUGUGAAAGGCAUUGGCUUGGUCCUGACACCACCCCGGCUGGUGGAGAGGACUUGGGAGAUUGGAGGGGGAGGGUGUGGAGAAUCCCAUUUUAUUGCAUCACUGUGAGGGAGCUCCAGGCCCUGUCCCUGGAGAAAUCAUUGCUGCACAGAAGUCACAGGCCAUACUGGGCAGUUCUGGCACUCGCCUGCCCUGAAAAACCAGAGUCAUGAUAAUAAUAACUUCAUCUGCAUUGAACGAUCACUCAUUUCUACCAGCUGUUUCCUGCCCUCCUUUUCCUCUCUGCUGUCCCCAGCCACUGGCCUCUGCGAGUGUUGGUGGUCCCCAGGCUCUUCUGUUAGCUUCUGGAGCUCUUCAGAUGCUGCCCCCAGAAUUCCCUAGUCGCUGAUCGAAUCUGUGUCGGCACAGGCCUGUCAGCAGCUGUGAGCCAGCUAGCUGUUGCCUCCAGCUCCGCCAGGCAGGCCCAGAGCUCCCUGUGGUCGCCUUCUCUGUCCCAGCCACUUUUGGAAUUACAACCUCUAUUUCUGGCUCCAGUUGAAUUUUUCUGCACCCAAACCCCAAUAAUAAAUGAAUCCAUGACGAUAAGAGGAGAGAAGAAAAAUAUUAUUUUUGUUAGGACAAACCAUCGUAGAUUUUUAGCAAUGUGUAUCUGUGUGUCCCUCACACCUUUUCCUAUUCUGCCUUUUUUUUCUUUUUUUUAAAUAUUAUGUACUAUAUUUUUAGUCUCAAACACACUAUAUAUUAUAUAUAUUUAAUUUUUAUAUAUAUAUAAAUAUAAAUGUUUUAAAAAUUA